AUGACGUUGGCUGGGUUUGUUGGACUCGCAAAAGCCAUAGACAUAUGCCAUGAUAUCUGGGACGCCUUUGCCAACGAGCGCAUCAAUGCCCCGGCUCGUAUCUAUGCGCUCGUCACCACUAUCGGGCACCUUCAUGGUAUUCUCAAGUUUCUAGACGAGAACUAUCAAGACCAAUACCCCCUGAAGAAUCAGUUUCUAGAGACUCUUGGAGAAUGUGAAGAGUUCAUCGACAACUACCGCACCCUCAAAACUGCCCAGCCUAGCCCAAGAGACAACCCACUGGUGGAUACUCUCCGUCAUCCUUGGGAUACCACAUUGUAUGGCCUCGAUGGCGCUGAAAGGCGCGCCGAGGAACUGAGCCAAAAGUUGGUAUCCCAACAACAAAACCUAACCAUUUUCUUGCUGGCACAGUUCCUAGAUCCUGGAGCGCUCAUACGCAAACCCCAAAGGAAAAUUACGGUAUCCAAUCAUGAGGGUGCUCCCCUGACCACAGGCACCCCAUCGGAAACAUCUUCAGAAUAUAGCAGUAAGGGAGCACCAUUUGGCGUUUUGGAGAAUCAAACGCCUUUUGAGAUUUUCAGUCAAGGUAAUCUCCCCCACGAACAAAAGCUCGCCAAGUUCCAUGAAUGCUUCCAGCUGCUCCGGAAUCGAUAUGAGCGUGUCACUAGCAAUGCGGCACAACAUGGCAGAGCCCCUAACCUCACACGAAUCCAUGAAGAAUACCGGGCACUGUGGUUGUUCCUUUGUAGUCAUGUUGGGUUACCGAAAAACAAGCAACCUGCUAUGCCUCCGAUGGACAAACUAUUUGCCAAUCCAUCCAGCGUUAGCAGCGAUAGCUAUCCCGAUAGCGCGUACUUGGUCCUCACCGAUCCCGACGGAAGAAAGUAUCAGCAAAAGCCCGUCAACGUUCCAGUUCCGGUCGAGUAG